AUGAUGGCCAUGAUCGUUUCCAACCAAGCUUUUGCCGGGCUCGUUGUGGCACCUGUCGAGAACGAAACGCUGUAUAUCCUUUCAAACGCGGUAUUCCAGAUCUACCCGAUUGUCUAUGCGUUUGUUCUCCUGGCCAAGCCAAUUCAGAAAGACGAGUCUGUCAACAGGAAGCAUUUGCCAAGUGUGCCGCCCGAUCGCGGCGUCCGACUCGUGGUCCGUAUCUUGGGCUUUGUUGCUUGGUACUCCGCUUUCUUGCAUUGGUCAGGAAUGGCCGGUCUCUUCAUCAAGCCCGCCAUCACCGAUGAAGCCAUUUAUGGCCGUCACAACGAGCUACUGUCUCCAGCCAUCACCUCUUUCUUAAACGGUGACUGGAAAUGGUCGAUCCCCGACGCUGCACAGCUCAAAGGUGGACCUAUCUUCUUCAUGCUUGACUACACCUCGUCCACUCUCGCUGUCUGGGCCUCUCAAAUCGAGUCAGGCCAUCCCCCAAGCAUCGGUCAGGCCAUCGUCGGAGGUCCUGCUUACGCCAUUGCAAGGUCGAUGGCAGAAACAUGGAGGGCUGCUUUGUAA